CAGCAGAGGUGACCAUUGUUGAAGAAAUUGGAAAGCAGAUCCUUUUUCCAUAUACACCAGCCAUAAAGCUCUUUAACCAUGAAUACCCUCAGGCUUCUUAUUUUGGCAGCAUUCUGUGUCAUAUUCCUGAUAUUACUUGUUCAAGGAGAGAAUGAAAACGAAGUCAGUGAGGCAGACAUGGAAUUGCAAGGCCAUAAUCUUAGAGAAAAGAGGAGCUUCAGGUCGUGGGGAAGGAGGAGCCGCCGCCAUUACCGCCCCUCUUACCGCCGCCGUUACCAUUACCGUUAUGGUUACUGCGCACGCUAUUGGGGAAAAAGGAAGUAUUCCAUACUCAAAUCUGUACUGAAAGAAGUAGACUGCUUGAAUAAUACAAAUUGCCAAAAAAGUCAAGUCAAAAUCUUUGGAGAGAUUUUCAAGCCACCCACUCCUGCCCCACCCAUGAGUCCAAUUCCGUCGCCUUCCUCCAGUCCGGUGAUGACCGUAUCACCUUCAAGUUCACAAGUUGUAUCGUCGAUGCCGGCCGUAUCACCUUCCAGUUCACAAGUUGUAUCUUCGAUGCCGGCCGUAUCGCCUUCAAGUUCACAAGUUGUAUCUUCGAUGCCGGCCGUAUCACCCACACCAUCCUCCAGUAGUGUAAUAGCUUCACAGUCUAUUUGGACAAUCAACAUUUAGUCUCCGCAGCAGCCGCUCUACGGGAUGCCACGUAACUCUACGGGUUGUCACGCAACGUCCUCCCUCAGCCCAGCAAGAGAGUUGCGUGACAUCCUGAAUCGAGUGUCUUCAGUUAUUUUGCUUUUUUUGGAAUUUCGCUAGUGGUCAGCUCAAUUUUUAUUACUCGAAAAAAAAAUUGACUUACACAUAGGAGACAGAACUUAAAAUUAAACUUUGAACCUUAGGAAAGUCGACUUUUUACUCUAAUUUAAAUGUGAUAAAUUCACUUUUAAUUUAAUGUGACUAGUUCGUUUGAUGGUAUGGGUGAGUUGAUAUAUUGAACAUUUAAUAAAUCAAUUUUGUCU